GCGGGGCCGCCAUGGUCCUGGAAGCCCUGAAGGCCCAGGCCCGGCACUGGGGGCGGCGGGGCUGCCUCUGGUUCCUGGCGGGCCUCUACCGGUGCUGGCCGGCCGCCCUGACCCCUCCGCUCCGUUACAGGCUGGUCUUGGGGAUGCUCUACCCGGCCUACGCCUCCUACAAGGCCGUGAAGACCAAGAACAUCCGGGAAUAUGUGCGCUGGAUGAUGUACUGGAUCGUGUUUGCGCUCUUUAUGGCAACGGAGGCCGUGGCGGAAGCCUUCCUUUCUUGGUUCCCCUUCUACUACGAGAUCAAGAUGGCCUUUGUGGUGUGGCUGCUGUCUCCAUACACCCGGGGGGCCAGCCUCCUCUACCGCAAUUUUGUGCAUCCCACAUUGUCCCGUAAAGAGAAGGAAAUUGACAUGUUCAUCCUCCAGGCAAAGGAGCAGAGCUACGAGACCCUCGUGAACUUUGGGAAGAAGAGCCUCAAUGUGGCGGCCACCGCUGCGGUCCAGGCGGCCACGAGGGGUCAGGGCGCCCUGGCUGGCCGCCUGCGUAGCUUCAGCAUGCAGGAUUUGAGCUCCAUCCCGGACACGGAGCCCGUGCAUUACUCCGACCCGCUGUACCUGGAGGAGGAGCAGGAGCUCUGCCGACGUCCCAUUGGUCAGAGGGCUGGCGGAAGAGGACACAGGACGGUUGCCCAGCCCUUGGGGUCAGACAGCCAUGAGGAGGACUGCUGGUCAGACUCUGAGCUCUCUGCAGGCCCGCGAACUCGCAAGAAGGACCCUGUGCCCUUGAAGCCGCUGGCGAGGAGCCAGAGCCUCCGCGUGGUGAAGAGGAAGCCGCCGAUCAAGGAGGGCUCCGCUCGGCUGGUGCGAAGUCGGCCCAGAAAGAGGGCGGACGAUCAGGAGAGCUAAGCUGCCUGCGGGAGCAGCAGCAGCCCUGGCACCUGUGGGACCAGCGGCCUGAGCCCGCACAGGGCACGGCUGGAUGCGGGGAGUGCCGAAGGGCUUGGCAGCUUGCAUUGUUUCCUUGGAGGGGUGGGGGGGGUGCGAUGGCUGUGAACAGGGAUGGAGCUGUUGUGUGUUCAGGAUGUCUGCUCCCUAAAUUCACCCAGAGCCCCCUAGGCAGAAGGGUGGGACUGGCAGCCCCCAAGGUUAAACCAGCUCUUCCUGGGCUGCUCCUGCUCUGAACCACACAAGAACUUCCCUGCUGCACCAUGGGAGCCUCAAGGCUCUCUGUGGCUGACAGAGGGGCCCAGGAGAGGGGGUUCCGUUGGGGGCGGCCCCUCUACAGCCCAGCAGCGGUGGGGACUCGCCUUCCCAGGCGCCUGUGCCUUGUGGCUCCCACCGUGCAGCGGGCAGGUUUUCUUGCAGUUCAGAGCAGGAUCUGCAGAGGAAACCCAAUAUCCUUUGGGCUGGAGGGCUUUCACUCUCACCGGUCUGCCUGUGGGGAGGGGAGGGGUUCUGGGUGGAUUCUGGGAGUGGACAUCCCAGCCCUGGCUGCCGAUGCCUUUCUGAGGCUUCUCUGGUCAAUACCCCUGGUGGAAGCCGCCCUGGGAACCUCUCCUGUGCCAUAGCUCCUCUGCCCGCCUCCAAAUGGUGCCUUGGAGCAGACAGGUGUCAAAUGAUUCCCCCCCUCCCCGUUGGGCUCACGUACACAGGGUCCUCCCCUCCCACCGCGUGCCUUUGCUGACCCACAUUCACUGUGCCACAUCCUGACCUGCCUUUUCAAGACAGCAGGUCUGCAGAGAUCGCUGUUCAGAAGAAGCCAGGCCCUUGGUUUGCUCCUGGCUGCUCUGAACAGCUGCCGAGGACCACCUGGAGUUGGACGCUUUCCAUGGUGGGUUUGGGGUGCAGGAAUAGGAAACCAAAGAAAACCUCUGAGUUUCUUGACCGUGACCCAAACCUCACUUAGGAUGCCUUGGAUUGGUUAUCCAAUCAGUCUCACCCUGCUGUGAAUACACUAACUUUUGGCUACUUGAAGACCAUCACUGGCUAGGACCUUAAGUGCAUUUGUUCAUUUUAGUAUAUUUUUAAAUAAAAGCAUCUUUCUUCUA